AGACCAAAACAAGACCGUGCGGUGGUGGAAGGCAACGAGUUUAAAGCAGCAGGAGUGAGAGUUGGUGUCUAAGAUCAUUACAGGAAAAAGAUAAAACUAAUCUCUCUGCGGAAUGAAAGUCUGGAACAACAAUCCCAUCUCUCACCCGAGGUCUGCCACUGCUGCUGUCACUGUCAAUUCUACAACUGCAACAACCAUUGCAACAGCGAUUUGUCCAUUUAUCGCUCUUUGGUCCGCUUAGUCAGCAAACCAGCCAAGUCUACCGCCGUCAGCACUGCUGCAUUACAGUCCCAAUCACAACUUCAGCCACACCAAACUAAGUGGAGUCGAGAUGGGCAACUGCGGUACUAGAGAAGAGUCUGCAGUUGUUUCCAAUGCUCAAGUUCAACAGCUGCAUACUUCGUCUUCAUUGGCUGUGAAAAACGCCAACAACAAUGCUACAGAUAAAAGGCAUAUUCAUAACCGGUCCAUAUCAGAUCUAAGCGAUCCUUCAACCCCUCGCAGCCUCGAGGACUUUAGAAAGAAUUCGGUACUUUACACACAUGUUAUCGCUUUCACAUUAUACGAGCUGGAAACGAUCACCAAGAGUUUCCGCUCCGAUUACAUUCUCGGAGAGGGCGGUUUUGGAACUGUUUACAAAGGCUACAUUGAUGAGAACGUAAGGGUUGGCCUCAAAUCUCUUCCUGUCGCUGUCAAGGUUCUCAACAAGGAAGGCCUCCAGGGCCACCGAGAAUGGCUUACAGAAGUCAACUUUCUUGGUCAGCUAAGACAUCCGAACCUUGUCAAGUUGAUUGGUUACUGCUGCGAGGAUGAUCACAGAUUACUUGUCUACGAGUUCAUGUUUAGAGGAAGCCUUGAAAACCACCUCUUUCGAAAGACAACUGUUCCGUUGCCAUGGGCAAGAAGAAUGAUGAUAGCUCUCGGAGCGGCCAAGGGACUUGCUUUCCUUCAUAAUGCUGAACGGCCCGUUAUCUAUCGGGAUUUUAAAACCUCUAAUAUACUGUUGGACUCUGACUAUACAGCUAAGCUCUCGGAUUUUGGGCUUGCAAAAGCUGGACCACAAGGUGAUGAGACGCAUGUUUCUACUCGAGUAAUGGGUACUUAUGGAUAUGCUGCCCCAGAAUAUGUCAUGACUGGGCACUUGACAGCAAGGAGUGAUGUAUACAGUUUCGGUGUUGUUCUUCUGGAGCUUUUGACAGGAAGAAAGUCUGUUGACAAGACAAAACCAAGCAAGGAGCAGAAUUUGGUAGAUUGGGCCCGACCUAAACUAAAUGACAAGAGGAAGUUGCUACAAAUAAUUGACCCUAGAUUGGAAAGUCAAUACUCGAUAAGGGCAGCACAGAAGGCUUGCAGCCUAGCGUAUUAUUGCCUGAGCCAGAAUCCAAAAGCAAGACCAUUAAUGAGCGAUGUAGUUGAAACUCUGGAACCAUUGCAAAGCGGUAACGAUGCAACUGAAUAUUCAUCAAUGGGAACUAGUCCAUUUGUUAGGGGGGGUGCCCCUGAUUACAGGAUGCGACGAAGGUUUAUUGACAAUGUUGGUUCAGGGGCUAGUUGCCGGUCUCCUAACCCCAAUUGUUCCCCGAGCGGCCCUACUGCAUGUAGGGUUAGAUGAAAAUGCAUCUUGUUUUGUACUUGGCUUGCUCUUUGCUUUUAUUGAAAUGAGAAUGUCCAGUGUAAGACGUCGUACAUUGGUGUCUAUGUCUUGUAGAUGAUCGCAGUGUCACUCGAUGCUGUUCAUCGCCAACCUGGAAUUGUAAUAUUUGGCCAUGUGUUGUGUAGAAUAUUUGGAACUGUAAUUAUUACAUGGAUACGUCGUUCUAACUUGCAUGUGUUUCUUAGAA